UAUUAUUUAUUUCUACUAGCAAUCAAAUCGUACAGCUACCAAAAAUAUUUUCAUUUCUUUGAAUACUGACCAUAUUUAGAAAUAAAUCAUCAAGCUUGCCAUGCCUUUUAGAUUUUUUUCGACCAAAACAGCUUACGUUAUCAUUUUCAUCAUACAACUUGCUGCCAUUUGUUAAUAUCAUUUUGUACUCUGCUGAUUAUGUUUCAGUUUUAGCCUUAUAUUCUUCAUAAAAGGCAAGAAUAUCUCUCCCAACAUGAAUAUCUCUAACAACAUGAAUAUCUCUCCCAGCUAUAUUUCUCACUUUGCCAGUAACAAUAUCUCUCCCAGAUGUAUAUAUCUCUGUCUUGCAAUCCUUGCAAGGACCAAGUUUUGACAUAGUCGUUUGUUGUGGUGUGUUACGUCACAUUUGCUGUCACAUAUUUAAUAUUCAUACGUUACAUAACCACAUUAGUCUAUUAUUCAUAGAGACAAUUUUGUUUUACAAUUACGUUCUAAACUACUUGCAGCUUGUUUAAGGUUUCUUAUAGUUUUUUCUCCAUUUUCUCUAGAUAUUUUUGGUUAUAGCUUAGUUUUCUAAUGAUACCAAAAGUAAACUUCAUUUUUCUGCACUUUAGGGGACAGUCAAUCGUCAAAUGUUUACCAAAACUCAUAACGAGUUUCUCCUUUAUACUAUUAUUUUAUGCAAACAACCAAACAACCUGCUAAUGCUCAAGUAUUUCUCUUAUUCAUUUCUUCUUAUCUUUUCUUAUGCAUUUACAAGGGCAGAUCCAGAUUAUAACGAUUGUAACUUGAGCUAUAGUGAGAUUCUCCGCGUUUGGUUUUCAGAAUUCAAAGUUCCCUUGAUUUCCCUAGAAAUGUGCGCCAGAUAAGAACACUGAGCGCAAAAAGGCAUAAUAUUUGAAAUUAGAAGAAUCAAAAGUUUCGUCCUCUCUAGACAGUAACCACCCAAAAUUGAGCUUUUGUUGAUAUUCUGAGCUAAAACCGGUCUGAGACAAUAUUAUCCAUGCUACAAUUUUGACGCGAGCUAAAGUAAAACUAUAGUCAGGAUUGAAAAUGACUACUUAACCAAAUGGAUAUGAGUACCCAUGGUAUUUCACUACUCUGUCUUCCCUGAAAAGCAAUAUCUUAAAAGAGGACAUUUCAUUUCAUUAACAUUUUAUCCAAUAGCGGAUUUGGUAUAAUUUUUUUGAUAGAUUGAUUAAAAGGCAAUUUUGAUUAGAAGAUUAAAUGAAGAAAAUACAAAGACUAUUGCCUGCAACUUCUUUAAUCUCAUAAGUUGGUGAUUUCGCUCAGCCUCAAACAGAAAAUAUCUUAUUUGUCUUUUACGGUAUACGUGCCAUGGGAAACUCGUCAAUAUAUAUUCUUUCUGAAAUACACAAAACAGCGAGCAGUAAUAGAUUCGCGGUGCUUUCUUAUCAUACACGGUGUUAAUAAGCCAUUUUGAGUUUUCUGUUUGAAUUAUCAUUGCGGUUGGUUGAUACCUGUCGAUUUGACUUCUUUGCAAUGCAAAUAGAGACUAUCCCCAAUCAAUCGGUUGCCAUUACCAUUCAGAAGCAAAGGUUUUAAGGUGCAGAGUCAGGCAGAGCUGUUAACGAUGAGAGCCCGGUGCCCUGACAGCCUGAACCUUGCAUUUGCUAAAAUGCCACCAUAUGUAUACAAAGAAAAGGGUUCCGCAGUAAGUGGAGUGUUCGUCAAGAUUUUAACAGAUGCUCUAAAUUUCUGGUGCCCUGACCAAACUAAUAUAACGUUUACGGAGGUUACAACGGGUUUUGUUGGUCUUGAAGAGAAAAUCCUGAACGAUACAGCUGACGUCAUCUUCCCUGUUCCGUACGCCUUGAACAAGAAGUUCUUCAUUGGAAGGCCUUUCAUACCAGUCGUUGAAACACCUGGCAUUGCUUUUUAUACAACUGUGACCCCAAAUGCAAAAAAUGCAAUAGCAGAUGCUAUAUCGAACGGCUGGCCUGCUUUGGUUAUCGUAAUAAUGUCUGCACUAAUUGCUGGAAUGAUAUUUUGGAUAUCGGAUCUUGUGCAACAGUGGUGGAAUCCUAAAAAGAUGCAGUCAAGGGAAGCCUCUUUCUUCGAAGGUCCAUUCAGGGGAUUCUAUUGGGCAAUGGUUUCUAUGACAACCGUUGGUUAUGGAGAUUUCUAUCCCAGGUCUUCGUUUGGUCGAGUCAUAGCAACAUUGUGGAUUUUGAUGGGCAUUGUAAUCACAUCGAUGUUCACAGCAACAGUAACAACAAUUUUAUUAGCUGCUGUCUUAGCAAGUGAUAUUUCUUUGAGUGGAACUUCAGUUGGAGUUUUGGAAAGUAGUAUCGAGUACAACUUAGCUGUCAAAAGAAAUGCCUUUCCAAUUGCUCACACAUCUAUUGAUCAUUUGCUUUCUUCGGCAACAAACUCAAAACACCAAGCUGCUUUGCUGGAUAGCUUUAUUGCAGGGCAUUUCCAAGAGAAGUUUAUCAAGUUUAGACUAGUAGAAAUAAUUGAGCAUGUUUUUUCAUAUGGAAUUGUAUUGUCUGACAAAGGGCUAUGGCUGGAGCCUAACAUUCGAAGCUACAUGCAAAACAAUAAGGAGAAACUCUUCAAAAUCAUGUCAAUGACAAUACGACCUCUAAAGCCAAGAGAUUCUGGAAGUGAUGCUGAGAAAAAAUCAAAUAGCCUCCUGAGCAUUCAUAAUAAGGCUGUGUUUGCAACACUGGUCGGAACUAUGUCAAUGAUUUUGAUCUUAUCAAUUCUUGGAUUGUUAUGGGAAAAAACUUAUCUUCGAAGACGAUGCUCAGAACAGAAAAGCGAACAUAAAGAAAUUGAAAGACAAUCCAUAAGUGCUCCUGAAAAUUCUAGAAACUACUUCAAAGAUCAAUUCGAGGUUUUGGGAGGAAUACAAAGAGAAAUGGACUCUUUUAUUGAUUUAUUACGAGUACAUGUUGCUCUUAGCAACCAAAAAAAUAACUGUAAUGUCUUCGAAGAUGACGACCUUGCUAUUAGCAACAUCGAACUCGUGUCUUAGUAAGACAGAUAAGUAGAUCUAUUUUUAAGCUUUUCUUUCUAAAAGAAAUUCAAUCGAAUUGUAAAUAACAUACAACAAAGGAUUGUAUGAAAAUGACAAAUCCGUCGAUGGACAAAGCAGAUUAUUAAAGGAAUCAAUCGUUAUUUGCUAUCGUCAUUUAACAAGUAACCUGCCACAAAUCUUGUCUUUUUGAUCAAAGAAAGACGCAUGAAAUACACGGAUUUCAUUUUGCUCUCUUUCAUUCACAGGGGCUUUUUAAAUGUUAAUUUUUCACUUUAAUCUGCAUCUUAGCUUGUUUAUGUCAUAAAAUUGCCAAAGCUUCAAACAUAUAGCUAUCAAUUUAAUACAGUAGGACGGAUAGAAGUAUUGGGAGGAGGGGGGAGAGGGGUGCCAUGUUUUGUUAGCAAGAGAAACAAAAAGUUUUUGAGGAUUUCAAAGAUAUUGUGUAGGCCACGGGACCCUCUAAGAACAAUUAAAGUUAUGAUCUUUUAAUUUUGUUGAUAUUAAGCACGUUUAAGGCAACAAACGAAAAAGAUUUAACUCAAGAUUCAUCCAGAAAUUAUUAGUUUCAUGAUUAUCUUACAUUUAUAGAAUUUCUUCCUCAAUGUGGAACUAUAGAAAGCCGCCAUUUUUUAUACAGUUGUUACAAACAAUUGUCUUAAGGCCAUAUGAAUUCUGAUUCAACUCUAUUUCGAAGUCUGCAAAAUAUUUUCUAUCACUGUCACGUUUAUUAGUGUUUGUGUAGCUUCAUCUAUUGAUGUGGCUCAAAUGCAGAUCUGAUUCUCAAACACAUUUAGCUCUACAAAUCAUAAUUUGUUUGUUUAAUAAAGAAAAAAGUAUAAGAGUUAUUUUAGAAUAGCUCAAACGCAAAGUGUUUUUAAAUCAAAUAUUAGCAAAUAAAUC